CAGUCGCCUUUGAUUAUCACUCGCCAGCGGCCCCUCUCUUGGCUCCUUGACACGAGCUCCAUAUAAGGCAGCGAUCUCCAUAGAAACGUGUCAGUUUGAAUAGUAGUGUCAAAGUUCACUAUAUACAGACAGUCGCGCAGAUCCCCUUUUCGGAAACAUUGCUCCGCUGCUCUCCCCGUGUAAACGCAUUCAUUAGUACGUGUGUCCCGACUUCUCUCCUUUUAUCGCAUAGUCUAUUCGCUGCCGCCUGGGCUUUUCCUCCUUUGCCUCCGUCGCUCCAUUUGUGCAGAAGAACUGGGAGCUGCAGCCUAUUGUUACUCGCAGUACUGUUACUCCUAUUAGUACUCGCUGCUGCGGGAGGACACCGGACUCUCUCUCACUUUUCCUGACACUUUUUUUUUUUUUUCUCCAAGUGAAGCGGAAGGAGAAGAAGAAGGGCCGCCGGCCGGCACAAUCACUCGGCUUAUUAUUAGCUUUGUUAUUCGGGUCACAUGGGAUAAGUGCAGUUGUCCUGAUGCUGCGGAGGCUCCCGCUGUCUGUAUCUGUGACUUGUGAUCAAAUGACUGACCGACCCGGCUUAUUUCUCCGUCUCUGCUGCGGCCGCUGCCAAUAAUAAAGGAGCAUUUGCAGAGCGACAGAUCGCGGAGGGAGGGAAGCGACUGAUCUUCUCCGGGCUGCGGAUGAGGCUGAUUCCCAGGACUGUCUCUAUGAAUGGCUGACUGCAUCUUGCCCUGGAUUUGGCCCCCGGACACUUACAAGCCCUGAUCAGUUCCCCCCACCCCCUCCAAAGAUUUAUUCCUCUUCGCCCUCCCUCCCGUCACCCAGGGUCGGCUACACACGGAUCCGUCCUGCAGAGCUCGCUGCUGCUCCUGGCCGCCUAUGUCUGACGCGCUCUGCUCUGCCGGCGACAUUGGGGCAGCGAAACCCGCCGCCUCCCGAGCCUGAACCCUCCUCCCGCUACAGCCUCGCAGCCCGGAGAGCAGGAGCAGCCCAUCCACACUCAGGGGAGGGGGCACAGUUCAAGCCGCACUCGCAGAGCCCAGCCGGGGACACAAUACAUCAUUAGCUCCCCUUUUCGCUGUGCAAGAGACAGGGGGAAAUCCCUUGAGCCCAAAUCCAAGGAAACGGCUCCCAUUAGCGGCCAGCACCACGGCAGACACAGCCAGCUUCUUCUUCUCCUCCAGGAUCAAAUCCCCCCAGACCGCGGCCAUCAGCUCGCUCUCCAGCACUUUCUGGGCCCGAGAUAUGGCAAUGGUAGUCAGCAGCUGGAGAGAUCCGCAGGAGGACGUGGCCGGGGGGAAUCCGGGAGGCCCCAACCCGGGGGUCAGGGAGCAACAACAAGCGCCCUCCGCCGCCCCCCACACGCCGCAGACCCCCAGCCAACCGGGACCUCCAUCCACCCCGGGUGCGGCCGGAGACAAGGGGCAGCAGGGCUCGGGGCAGAGUCAGCAGCAGCACAUUGAGUGCGUGGUGUGCGGGGACAAGUCCAGCGGGAAACACUACGGGCAGUUCACCUGCGAGGGCUGCAAAAGUUUCUUCAAGAGGAGCGUCCGCCGGAACUUAACGUACACUUGUCGCGCCAACCGCAACUGCCCCAUAGAUCAACAUCACCGCAACCAGUGCCAGUACUGCCGCCUCAAGAAGUGCCUCAAAGUGGGAAUGAGGAGGGAAGUACAGCGAGGUAGGAUGCCUCCGACCCAGCCGAACCCAGGCCAAUACGCUCUCACCAACGGCGACCCCUUGAACGGCCACUGCUACCUGUCUGGAUACAUCUCUCUGCUGCUGCGGGCCGAGCCCUACCCCACGUCCCGCUAUGGAAGCCAAUGCAUGCAGCCCAACAACAUCAUGGGCAUUGAGAACAUCUGCGAGCUGGCGGCCCGGUUACUGUUCAGCGCCGUGGAGUGGGCCAGGAACAUCCCUUUCUUCCCCGACCUGCAGAUUACCGACCAGGUGGCUCUGCUGCGACUGACCUGGAGUGAGCUGUUUGUCCUGAACGCGGCUCAGUGCUCCAUGCCGCUCCAUGUGGCCCCUCUGCUGGCCGCUGCUGGACUCCAUGCUUCCCCCAUGUCCGCCGACAGAGUGGUGGCCUUUAUGGACCACAUCAGGAUCUUCCAGGAGCAGGUGGAGAAGCUGAAGGCCUUACAUGUAGACUCGGCCGAGUACAGCUGCAUCAAAGCCAUCGUCCUCUUCACUUCAGAUGCCUGCGGCCUGUCAGACGCUGCGCACAUUGAGAGCCUGCAGGAAAAGUCGCAGUGCGCCCUGGAGGAGUACGUUAGGAGCCAAUACCCCAACCAACCCAGCAGAUUCGGCAAACUACUUCUAAGGCUCCCAUCCUUGCGCACAGUAUCUUCGUCUGUCAUCGAGCAACUGUUCUUCGUGCGUUUGGUAGGUAAAACCCCAAUAGAGACUCUCAUAAGAGACAUGUUAUUAUCUGGAAGUAGUUUCAAUUGGCCCUACAUGCCCAUCCAGUGCUCCUAGGGACCCGCCCUGGGACUCUCACUUGGACCUCUCUUGGCCACACAGCUCUGAUGGUAGGCUUACUUAAUUAAUACCUUUUUUUUAAAAAAAUAAAUCGCUAUGGAGGACUCUGCUGGAAAUGGACCAUGAGAAAUCUAAUAUAAAGCGAGGAAACUGAGCCACUUGGAUGUACUAUGGACCGAUAUGGAUUGGUCUGUACAGAAUGGCAAGGACCGGGCAAUAAACCCCGUGCAGACACAAGCACUGACUACUUAACCAGGAACAAUUCCUGGCCAUUUUGUAAUAUAUAUUAGUCUUUAUUUUCUUUUUUUUAUGUCAAGUUGAAAGCAAUGUAUGCGCAUAAAGAACAACACAAAAGCAGAGUUACGAAAAUAGGGGAAAUCGUGCAGUUUCCUAAUAAUUAUAAACCAGAAAAAAAAAAACUCGUCCUGUGUUUAUGUAUCUAUAUCUGUUUUGUAUUUUUCUGGUUCCAAACCAGGUCUCCUGUAAUUCUAUACUAAUAAUUUUUGAUAUAACCCUUUGCUUCUUAUAAUGAGUGCGAUAUAUGUUGUCGAGGCGUAAGUUCUUCAAGAAUUAAAAUUGAAGUGAGAAUUUAAACAAAAUAAAAGACUUUAGCAAAA